AUGACUAGAUACUUACCCAGGCGCCGCCUCGGGCUCGGCCUGCGAGGCCUCGGAGUCGCGGCUGGCGCGGGACGCGCGCGCCGAGGGCGACGCCGACGGCGCCUCUUCGCCCGCGCGCACGGCCUUCGUCUUCCAGACGUAGUACCCCGUCCGCUCCUCCCACGACGCCAGCGCGUCGUCGCCGUCGCCCGCCGCGUUCGUCAGCCCCGAGACGUCGCCCAUCUCGCCGCGCAGCCGGUCGCGCCGCUUCUUCUCCUCGUAGGUGAGUGGCGUCACUUUGUGGGGCUUGGGCACGACGUUGUCCGGCGUGCGAUUAUCCACAAUACACUGGCCCGGGAUGAGACCCUCUUGUUUCAUGUAGCCGGGCCACAUGUCUACUACUUCUUUCAAUCCUAUCUUCGGGAUGCCGUUGCGCCGAUCUCGCACGCGGCCCUUGAAGCCCAGGCGAUGCUCGAGCGUCUCCUCGAGGGGCACGGGAAUAAUCUUUCGGUUGAGGUGAGUCCCGACAAAGUCGCGCUCGGGAGAGUCGUAGCCCGACUGCGCCGCGCGGUCCGGGAACUGGCGCGCGACCUUGUGUCUAUAUUCAUCGCCGCCCCGCGGGCUCUUGAGGGCCUUCUUGCCGUGCGGCGGCUCGCCUUUCGACGGCUUGGGGACGAGGUAGCGCCGCGGGUUGCGCCAGACGGCCUCCUGGCCGUCGGGCCGGCCCGUCAGGUAGCGGCGGCCCGUGGGCUUCUCCGGCGGCGCGAGGUCGCCGAGGGAGACCAUGGUUUGCUGGGCUGUGGGUGCUCUGGCUUCUCGGGCGGCGCGAGGCAGCCCGGAGCAGCAAUGCGCAGCCGAGGCAGCGCUGCGGCGGCGCGAAGCGUGCGCGUGGUUGUGAUUGCGCGUUUUGCCGCGGGAGAGCCGGCCAAACAC